UGUCUCAAACCCAAGAUUGUUGUGGCAAAGUCACAUAACAAUGUCAGAAAAUUACCAGCUGCAAUGAUACAAGCUUGUAUAAAAUUUAGAUAAAAUGUGAUUUGCGAGGUAUUAUAAAAGAGAUCCAACAAAGAAAAUGUGUGAAUUAAAAUGCAGGCUCACCGUCAACAUUAGUCUCAAGGAAGGGGGAAGUAAAGGUUAUGAUAGAGGAAGGGGUUUUACACUCCCCACGAAACAUAGUCCGACACAGCUGAUCGACGUUCGCAGUUCUGCGACUGCUCGGGAGUUCUUGAGAGUCUUCAGUAGGCUUCAGUCUGUCCCGCGAGUUCCAUAGUCGUUGCCUUGGUAAAGAACCCAUGUGAUUUAGUUCAGGUAACGUUCACAGACGUUGGCAUUGGUCAGUCUCAUGACCGAGAGAACCAAGAACUUGACUUAAAAGUGAUUAAUAAUCAAAGUUGAAUCGUUUCUAAUUAAUAAUAACGAAUUUUUGGCUGUAUUUGACUUACUGAAAUCGGUGUCUAUGUGCGGUUCAAGGCAAACGCGUUGCCAGAGAAGAAAAAGGUGCGAGAAUUGCCGGAAGUCGGAGUCUAUGAACUCCGAGGAGGCUAACGACGAAGAUUGGACUGGAGCUAAAUUUCUAAGUCAAUGAAACUCUUAUUUGUGGUUUAUUUUUAUUGCAUUUUAUUUAUUGGCUGAAACAAAACACGUCAACUAAAAGAAAAUUUUUUUUUUUUAUACUUGUUUGUACAAACAACAAGUUUUUGUCAUAUUUCAUGACAGUAUAAGUGACUGGUGAUUUGUGUUUAAUUUAAAUAUAAAAAAAAAUCAGUAUAAGAAUCCAAAAUGACUGGUGUACAAAAAGAAAAAGAUCAAGACAAUGGAAUUAUAAUUAAAAUUGGCAAAGAUAACAAUGGCAAAGGAAAAUAUCAACGUAUUUCUAAUAGUCAAUUUAAGAAUAAUCUAGCUAAUGGAGCUGCUAAAGAUGAUGCAUCGAUCAAAGAAGUGGAGCUGGUCCCUCCGGAUGGCGGUUGGGGUUGGCUGGUCCUUUUGGCGGCUGUUAUGGUCAACGUCCUUAUUCCAGGAACCAUUAAAUCCUUUGGUGUCCUUUUCGUUGAAUUCUUGGAGGUGUUUGAUGCAUCUCCAGCUGCUGCUGCAUGGAUUCCUGCCCUUUGCUAUUUCCUCUACAGUUCAUUAGGUCCACUUUCAAGCAUUUUAUCAGUAAAAUAUUCCUAUCGAACAGUAACUUUGAUCGGUGGAACAUUUGCAGCUGUUGGUAUGAUGCUUAGCUAUUUUGCAAAUUCAGUUCUUUUUCUUUGUAUCAGUUACGGAACAUUUGUUGGUAUUGGUGCUGGAUUAGCAUUUCCACCAACAGUUUACAUAGUAACUUCAUACUUCCUGAAGUUUCGAGGUUUGGCAAAUGGCCUUUGCAUUUCAGGGAGUGCUCUAGGAUCGAUAUUUUUACCGCUAGUACUUGGUUAUUUACUUCAAGAAUAUGGCUAUAGAGGGGCAGUUUUAAUUAUGGGAGGUUUGACUUUGAAUGUAUGGGCUGCAGCUUUUUUGUACCAACCUGUGGAAAAUCAUAUGAAACCGGCUCCUAUAAAGGAAAAAUCUGAAAAUACUGAAGAAUUAGAAGAAGAGAUGGAAGAAAUAGAAAAUGAUCAAGCAGAAGUUAGUAUGCUUGCAGAAAAUGAAGAAGAUAAAAAUUCAAAGCAACUGUCAGUUAUAAAAAAUAAUGAAAAAUCAAAGCCAAUAGUACCUAAAAGUGCUUCUAGUGUUGCUCUAGAAAAUUAUAAAAAUACUCCAAUCCAAAGUAGAACACGUAAAAUUAGUAUGCCAACUGGUCGUGAGAUCUCAAGCCAAAUGCACAGCACACCAGCACUCCAUGCUGUUCCAGAACGUGGAAUUUCUCGCAGAAGACAAGCCGGCCGUUCACCAAGUUUUUCUUCAUUCAACUACAUCAGCACACCGUAUCACGGAAGCACACUUUCAGCUUUACAACCAGAAUACGCAUCAAAUUUAACCUUAAACGCAAUCAGUAGCACAUUCAGAAAAUCACCUGAGAAAACGGUAAAAGCACAGAAAGGAGAUCAAAGCCAAAAAUUCUUUGACUUGAGUCUUCUAAAAGACUCAAUCUACCUCGUUAUUCUCAUUUCUAACAGUACUAACGCCGUUAGUUAUACUAAUUUUAUUAUUUUAUUGCCUACUUACGCAAUAUCUCUUGGAUAUGACAAAACUAUGGGAUCAUAUCUGUUAUCUCUAGUGUCAAUUCUUGACUUAAUCGGACGAAUUGGUGGUUCCGCACUGUCUGAUGUUAAAAUAAUGCCUAAACAUUGGUAUUUCGUAGGAGGAUUACUCAUUUCAGGAAUUUCAUUAACAUUGAUGCCUUCAUCGACUACUUAUACAACAUUGGCUAUUUAUUGUAGCAUCUUUGGACUUGCUUCAGGAGUCUAUGUAGGAGUUACUGCUGUAAUUAUGGCAGACAUGUUAGGAACUGAAAAAUUAACAUCAUCCUACGGGAUUUCUCUAUUUGUUAAUGGAAUUAUUCAGCUUAUUGGACCACCAAUUUGUGGAUUAGUGUAUCAACAUAUCGGUAAACUUGGACCAAUAUUUAGUAUUUUAGGAAUUAUUUUAGUCGCAGGAGCAUCUCUUUGGGCAUUUGUUCCCUUUAUUCGAAGACGACAAAAAGCUGCUGCUCUUGCAUCUGAUACUAAUGAAGUUUGUAAAGUAUAAAUUACAUUUCUUGUAAUUUGAACAAAAAAUUUGAUUCUUUUUUAUUUACUUGAGGAAUAAUUUUUUUAAUACUUUGACUUUAAUAUAUUAAAUAUUCACUGCCGAAAUUUAUUCAUGGAUUUAACAAAAUUAUAGAUGAAUAUUCAAAUUGGUUAAAAAGUGCAAUACGCAAAAAUAAGUCAAUGAAUAAAGAAGGAAUGAAAAUGGAGGAAUAAUAGUAGAUCCUCUUUUAUUUUCUAUUAACUAAAUUUAUUAAAAUAAAAAAAAAUUUUAACAAAAAAAAAA